AUGCGCUUACCAUGCAUUUAUCCCGCAGCUGUCCUGCCUGAUCCUCAGGCAGUCCCUUCAGCGCCCAUAGUCAAAGUAUGCCUCGAUCAUCUGCGGUUUUUCCAUCAUUUCCUCGCCGAAGCAUACCCACCGCAUCCGUAUGGCGCCUCAGCUGUAUGGCAAGAUGUGGCUGCGCUCUCACAUAAGUAUGAGUUCCUGGCCUCAAGCAUACUAGCUCUUGCUGCCCAGCACCUUACUCUGUCCAAUAAAGCCGACUACUCUGUGCAGGCUCUAAAUCUCAGAAUCUCAGCUAUCAGAGGCUUAAAUGAUGCUCUAUCCCAACCUUGUCAUACCGCAGCCGAUGCAGACGCUCGUUAUGCUGCAAUCAUCGGCCUCACCUUCCAGUCUACCUAUAUGCCAGACGGUUUGAUGGAAUUUAUAGCGAUGAUGCGUGGAUGGAUGCUCAUCUCGACUACUCUCGUAACUGACCAUGGGAUAUCCAUGUUCCGUCAAUUCACGCGCGAUUCGUGGGUUGGAAGUAUAGAGAAGUUCAUGGAGGAGCAGCACGGAACCACUGAUGAUAUAAUGAUUGAAGACUUCCUAGCUUCUCUCAAAAUACUCCGACCAUUACUCCAAGGACAAGCUGAGCUUCAGUACUUCUCAAGACUGGAGAGAUUAGCUCUACUGGGCAAAGCUUCGCCACGAGACGCACUCUUGGAAAUGGUAUUCUGCUACGCUGUGACAAACAAGAUGACAGAUGAAGACUACGUCAGCUUCACGGACCCUUCCAACUACGGGGCCCAGAUCCUUCUUGCGCACUUCUUGAUACUGAACCACAUGCUAGAAGAAUGCUUCCUCGGCACUAUGAGUAGACGGUUUUCUUUUUCGACACGGAUCACCCGGUCUUGGAUCUUGAAUAUUGGGAAACGUUUGCCUGACGAGUUGCAAAGGUACAUUAUGUGGCCAUUGUGUCAGGCAAGAGACCUUACUGUCUAG